AUGCUAAUGAAGAGUCUCUCAGUUCUUGCAAUUCUAUCUCUCUUGGCUAUAACACUUCCACUAGCCAUUUCUGAUCCAAGAAGCGUUCAAGACUUCUGCGUCGGCGUAAACAGCUCAGUCAAUGGUGUGUUUGUAAACGGAAAGUUUUGCAAAGACCCAAAGCUCGCCACAGCAGAUGACUUCUUUUUCAGAGGGCUUAUCGAUCCAAAAGACCCAACCGAUACGCACCGAGCAAACAUCACUUUAGUCUCUGCUGAUAAUUUUCUGGCUUUAAAUACCCUUGGAAUUUCGUUUGCCCGCGCAGAUUAUGAAGUGAACGGGGUGCAACCGCCUCACACCCAUCCACGUGCCAGCGAGUUCUUGGUUGUCACACAAGGAACACUUUCAGUGGGUUUUGUCACGGCAGACCAAGAUGGAAAUCGUUUAUUCGCCAAAACACUCAACGUGGGUGAUGUAUUUUUGUUUCCAGAGGGACUCAUCCAUUACCAAGCCAAUAUUGGAGACGUCCCAGCAGUUGCAUUCACUGCUUUGAACAGCCAAAACCCAGGUCUUAGCACUACUGCUGACGCCGUGUUUGGGUGUACUCCGUCGAUAGACCCGGAUGUUCUUGCAAGGGCAUUCAAGUUGGAUCGUAGUAUUGUCGUGGAUCUACAGAACAAAUUUAAGACUGCUUCUUCUUUUACCGCUGUCUGA